AUGUCAAAGGCAUCUGACUACAGCCGAGAACUGUUCAACGAGGAUACAAUCUGCGAUACCCUCGCGCAGAAUGUUAAUAGUCGGAAGGAGCUUGACGUGCAUGUGAAUGUCCGUGAAGACGAUUUGGAAACUAUUGCUUCGAAGAAGCAGCGAUAUCAGCGCAGUGCUAUUGGUCAAGUGCAAUCCGACAUGAGCUAG